AUGUUCCUGUUAAAGCAUUCUCGUCUCGUUUCCAGGACUCUUUCUGUUCAAUUGAUACAACCAAGCUAUUUUCGUAUACAAAUGUCGACAGUUUCUACAACCAAUCCAAAAUUCCAAAAGAUCUUCAAGAAAGUUGACGAACUGAAACCUGAUUUCAUUCAAGUGUUAGCUGAAGCUGUGGAAAUCCCUGCAGUAUCUGCUGACGAGUCUCUAAGACCAAUGGUCAUUAAGAAAGCCCAUUUCUUGGUAGAUAAAUUGAAACAACUUGGUUUCGAAGACAUUCAAUUAAAGGAGUUGGGCGUGCAACCCCCUCCAGUUAACGACCCUAAAUUACAAUUGCCCCCAGUUGUAUUAUCUCGUUAUGGUAAUGAUCCUUCUAAGAAAACUGUCUUAGUUUACGGUCAUUAUGAUGUUCAACCUGCUUCCAUUGAAGAUGGAUGGGAUUCUGAACCAUUCAAGUUGGUCGUUGAUGAAGAAAAACAGUUAUUGAAGGCAAGAGGAUCUACUGAUGAUACUGGCCCAUUAACCGGUUGGUUACAUGUGGUCAGAGCACAUCAAGAAGCUGGAAUUGAAUUGCCUGUCAACUUACUUACCUGUUUUGAAGGUAUGGAAGAAUCUGGAUCACUUGGUUUGGAAAAAUUAAUUGGUCAAGAAGCUGACAAAUAUUUUAAAGACGUGGAUGCCGUUUGUAUUUCAGAUAAUUAUUGGUUAGGAACAAAGAAACCAGUAUUAACUUAUGGGUUGAGAGGCUGUAAUUAUUAUCAAGUUACCAUUAAUGGUCCAGGUGCAGAUUUACAUUCUGGUAUUUUUGGAGGUGUGAUUGCCGAACCAAUGGUCGAUUUGGUACAAGUGUUAAGCUCUUUAGUCGAUUCUAAGGGUAAGAUUUUGAUAAAGGGAAUUGAUGAAAUGGUUGCACCUGUAACUGAAAAGGAAAUGAAAUUAUAUGAAGACAUUGAUUUUUCAUUGGAAGAACUCGAAGAAGCAAGUGGUUCAAAGACAGCUUUAUAUGAAAAAAAGGAAGAUAUUUUGAUGCAUAGAUGGAGAUUUCCAUCUUUAUCUGUACACGGUGUGGAAGGUGCCUUCUCCUCUCAAGGUGCUAAGACAGUCAUUCCUGCUAAGGUAAGUGGUAAGUUUUCUAUCAGAACUGUUCCAGAUAUGGAUUCUGCCAAAUUAACUAAAUUGGUCAUUGAUCAUUGUAACAGCGUUUUUGAAAAACUUGGAUCUCCAAAUACGAUUCAUGCCGAACUAAUCCAUGAUGGUAAUUACUGGGUUUCUGAUCCAUUCAAUGCUCAAUUUACCGCGGCUGCAAAGGCCACAAAGGAAGUCUAUGGUGUCGAUCCAGAUUUCACAAGAGAAGGUGGAUCUAUUCCCAUCACUUUGACCUUCGAAGAACAAUUAAAGACAAGUGUCUUAUUGCUACCAAUGGGUAGAGGUGAUGAUGGUGCUCAUUCCAUUAACGAAAAAUUAGAUAUCAGUAACUUCAUCGGAGGUAUUAAGACUAUGGUUGCCUAUUUGCACUAUUAUGCUGAAUCACCUGAGAAUUAA